AUGGCUGCGACGUCUGGUCAUUCAUCUGGUCCUUCUAAUUCAGCUCAUUAUCCGGCAUCCUCGAGCUCCGGUACUCCCUGCUCCGCCUCCCAGUCUUCAGGUACGGUUGUUGUGCCCUUGAUUAUUUCAACUUACAUCUCAUUUGAUGGUCCUUCGGUUGCCUCUACUCUUCCCGCCACGUCCUCCGCAAACUUGCCUGUAGUGGUUGGGGGCUCUUACGGUGGCGCGACCGGAUCUGUGUCCUCCACGUUUCCAAGCCUCAACAAAGCUUUUGUGGUGGGUCCUGGCUAUGCUCCAGUCCUUUAUAAGUUUGUUUCUAAAAAUUUUAGCCAGGCUUUUUGUAGACCUGGCCGACCUACUUCCAGACAAUAUUAGAGCUCAAGAAGUCGAACCCGCGUUUUUGGAGAGAAAACUGGUGGAAUAGGGGUCUACAAAAACGGGUCGUAGAAAUAGCAGACAUCGUCACCUCGAUAGAAGCCUUCACAAUCUUUUUUAUGAUUCUUUGCCACACCGUCCCCUUUCGCUGAAAAGAUAUAAACUAGUAUUCAUAAACUAAUAUUCAUUAUUCAGACAGCAAAGCGCUUCUCUGACAAAUCAUGGCUCUGCUACGACAUUGCCUUCGGAAAAGAAGCAGCAGCCUCGGGUUCAACCGACUGGUCUCGCGUGCGCCCAAACCUCUACAAUUUUCACACCAGAUCUCCGACUACCACUUCAGCUGCUCCAGGCUCCACAAAUCCCUCAAAUUCCUCUGCCUUGUCA